AUGGCGGCGAACGGGGUCUUCCUCCGUGUUGCUGUUUUUAGACCAACAUCAUGGUAAGAAACUGGCUUCUAUUCAUCAGAAAACUCAAACUUGGUGAAGAUUGAUAUCCAUGUGUCGUCCAUGACUCGUUUUUUUCUUUUUUUUGUAGUCCGACAGUGAGGAACAUGGCUACGUUGAAAGAUAGUAAGUCGAUAUUUGUCCUUGUACGUACUCAGGUAGCUUUUUUAGCCAGACUGUUCUAAGCAUAUGACAUAGUAAUGAGAGUCACAGGUGUAGUUUUUAAAUGUAACCACAUACUAUGUUUGCAAAUUAAGUGAAAUUUUGUAGCCUAGCCAGUACACUUUUAUAACUUAAUGCGGGGAAUUAGGUCUAAAUUUAAUACAUGGCGAAAUACUGCACACUAGCAAAUACUUUUAUGGUUGUUUCUCUCCUCUAGGCGACCCUCUAGGCCAAAUAAGCCGUGUUUUUGCAGAUUUUACGUUUCUAAAUUCAAAAAUUUUAAAUUGCAAGGACUUUGAUGGUUCCAUUCCUACAAGAUAUGAGGCCUCUCUAAAAUCUGUUUGUAAUAAUAAUAUUUAUUAGUUUCUUUUUCGGUUGUUUAGAAAUUUAGUUAUUUAUUUAUGUUUGUUUUUGUACAUGUGCACCUUUUGUUUUGCAAAUGGGGAUGUAGAAUAUGCAUGCAUAAUUGUAUAUUGAUCAUGUGAUUUCUAUCCUGUAUAAAAUUCUUGACCAUAUACUUUUCAGCGGCAUUGGGUUCACAGUUCAGGUCAUUAGACAAGUUUAUGAUUUACGUGUAAUUUGCAUGUGGGCUUUAGACUUAGGAGAUCGUGUAUGCUGAUUAAACAGUUUUAUUUUUUCAGUCUCUUUGCGAUUAAGGAGUGUCAAGAAUAUUCAAAAGAUUACUAAGUCUAUGAAGAUGGUGUCAGCAGCCAAGUUUGGAAGAGCAGAGAGAGAACUUCGACCUGCAAGAGUCUAUGGAGCUGGUGCAUCAGGUGUGUGACCUGUCUAGCAUCAACCCUUUCAAUCCCUGGAAAAGUCAGAAGCAAAUUUUUAUUGUAAAAAGUGUUUUAUUGGUGGUGUGCUGUUCUUGGAUUAUAAUCCAUUGUUGACGGAAAACGUUAAUUGACAUGAUAAUCAGUUAUGGAAAAUUUUCCAAAGAUUAUCCUGGAAAAAUAAAAAAUAUUAUUGACAUAAGGUUAGAGUGGAACUUCAAUAAUUUAUAACGAACCUCUAUAUAACAAUGUCCUUGGUAUAAUGAACGAUUUUCUUUAUCUCAGUAAUAUAUGAAAAAGAACCUCGAUAUAGUGAACAAAUUUUGCCUGUCCCUUGACCCUUCGUUACAUUGAGGUUUCACUGCAUUAAUGCUUGUACAGGGGGUGUCAUCAUUUUACUCGAUGCCUGGUGCAGCUACAUGUAUAAUCCAUUGAUGACCCUUUUCUGACACAUUUUGUAUAUUUUUUCAUGUUCGAAAACACAGCGUUAUGGCCAUGCUCAAAAUCUAUCUAUCGGGAGAAGGGUAUUGCUGUCGCAGGCAGAGGUUUACCUUACCAAAGUGAUAAAAACACAAACUGAAUUAGUCAAAUCACCUACAUUGAAGCAAAUUUUAGGAAGAAGGUGUGGGGUGGAUUGUUUAUUUCUCUGGAAAAUUUGUAGCUAUGCCCCUGCUUAAAUUUAACGGUUGACUCCAUUGACAAAAUGUAAUAUCACGUAGAAGUAAUUCACAGAAUGAAAUUGUGACUUUUUAAAAAUAUUUAAAAGUAUCAGUAUCCAGUAUCACUUGUCUUUAAACUUCAUAGCCCAUUAUAAACUGCUUUGCCUUCUUUUGAGCUAAUCUGUAAGUUUUAUUUUCCAGCUUUGUAUGAGAAGGUAGAAAUAACCCCAAGUGAAGCAGACAAAACCAAGCCUAACAACUUGAUUGUAGUUAUGUCAUCUGAUCGGGGACUUUGUGGUGGUAUCCAUUCUAAUUUGGUGAAAGCUGUCAAGGCUACCUUGGCUGAAAAGGGAGCUGACAAUGUGAAAAUUGUUUCCUGCGGAGACAAAGCCAGACAACUGUUCCUCAGAACCCAUGGUAAGAAAAGAAAGCCACCAAUGACAUUGUCAUCCCUGCUUUUUCUGUUCACUAAAGGGUGAAAUCUGCAGGGGGCACAAAAAGUCGCAUAGGGCUUGCAAAAAGUUGCAUCCGGCAGUCUGACACAAAGAGAUUUUCUGACUGGGCGAUAAAAUUUGCUUGCCCAAUGGCCAAGGUUCCAGGCCAUUCAUGUUGUGACUUGCAUUGUGACUAACAUAGUGACUUGCGUUACAUGUUUGUAACUUACCUUCCAGUGUUGACAGUUUUAUCUGGGAUUAAUUUUUGAACUUUGAGCAAUUAUUGGACAUUUGAUAUAGUUUAAAAAAGAAUGCAUGUUUUUGUAAUCAUAAAGGAACCAAGUUCAGGGUAUGAGUGAGCGAGAUUAAACUGUUCCAAUUCAACCAAUAAUUAUUGGGAGUUCUUUUGUCGGUGUUACCAAUUCCCAACAGUCAUCCUCCUACAAAAUCAUUAACAGAGACAAGCAAGAAAUGGCCUUGGGCAAGCAAAAAUUAAUGGGAUAGGUUCUUGCCCAAAGGGCAAGCCGGAAUUCACGAUUUUUUCUGAGCCAAGAACUUGUCGGAGUUUAAAUUCACAGAAUAAUAGUAAUUGCUGUGAUUUCCAGAAUCAUACCUAAGGUGGUGCUCUAAGGAAAAUUGAAGGGAGCCCAGUGCUAGCUUUGAACAUGUAAAAUCUAGGGUGCCAAGCAUAUGAUUUGUAUGAAAAAAACUAAGAUUUUCUAGUCAUCCAAAUCAAAAGUUAAGACCAGGAGUCGCUGGGGCUUUGUUAGAGCACAGCCUUGAUACCCACUCUUAAUUAUUAAGGCAGUGGCUAUUGCUUCUGGUAAUACUGAAGUGCAAGUUAGAGAAGGCUCUGUAACAGGCUGUAAGUACAUAAAUGAUGUGUUGACCAUGAAAUGAAUUUUUUGCCAGUCAGAGCCUUGUCACAUUGAUCUACCAUACUCCUGGGCUCAGCCCAGUCAAAAUGUUUGCAGUAAUGAGCAGGAGAACCAGAGUGACAUACAGCAAAGGCCAAAACAUGUGUGGUCACAUCUAAUAUUAUUUAACUUACUGUUGAGUUGGUGGCAAAUAGUCCAGUCAUUCUAAAUGAUGCUACUAUGAUGCACAAAUGUAUUAACAAGCUUGUUCCAGACUAUCUUGCUGAUAUGUUUAAAUCACGUUCUCAAGUCCAUAAUAGACAAACUCGAUCAUCUGGUGCUUUGGAUAUACCUUUAUGUCGCCUGUCAACAGGGCAGCGCUCCUUUGCUUUCAGAGGAGCCAAACUCUGGAACUCCUUGAAUGAUAACAUUAAGUCCUUAAAAUGCCCCAGGAAUUUUAGACGUCAUCUUGCAAAUGUUUUAUUAAGUUGAUAUAUUAUAUUAUUGAUAUAUAUUUUGUAAUUAUAAUAUUAUUGUAUUCACAUUCUCAAUUAAUUUAUAUAUUUGUAUUUUUUUAUUCUAUUGAGCUGAAAAACCCACUUAGGGAGCAUCAAUAAAGUGUAUGUAUGUAUGUAUGUAUGUGGAAUCAGCAAAAUAGUCAAAUGCCAGCUCAUUUUGACUGGGCUGCAGGCUGUAUUUGUUAUCAAAAUGAAACAAACUCAUUUUAGUGCAGCUGAAUAACUAACUUUUUCUCAAGUCUGUUGCCAAAAUGAGCAUCUUUUUGUAUCGUUUUCUUAAUUUUUUUCAGCUGACAACCUACUGAUGAGUUUUUCUGAGAUUGGCAAGAGGCCACCUCUGUUUUGUGAAGCCACGUUCAUAGCACAGGAAAUCAUUGACAGUGGAUUUCAGUUUGAUUUGGGCGAAAUGUACUACAACUGGUUCAAGUAAGCGCUGUAAUAAUUUUCAGUUCCUUUCCAAUGACAGGAUGGUCAGAGUGCCAAGUGAAUACCGGUAUAUAUAAAUACUGAAAAAAUUUAAAAAGUUGAGAUGAAAGACGACUGUUUUAUAUCCGAUCCACACCAACUUAUUUGCUGAUAAACACUUAACACUCUCUUCUGUUUUCUGUCAAUGAUUUUGGCAAUUUAUUUAUUGAUACAUCUGGCUGAGCAAAAAAAAAAUUGUUGGUUCAAGUAGGCUAUUGGAGAGGUCUCCCAAUCAUGUAAAAUUAAGUAGAAAUUUACUGUUGAUUCCACCACCUGGUAGGGUGAGCUCUUAGGGGCUGUCAUCAUUUGAACAAACUGCCUCACAGUGUAUUUUCUCCAGACUUGUAAUGCAUUCUGUCAAAUUAAUCCUCCUAUAGGGAACCUUUUGACUUUUCUAAGACUGCAAAUGAAACCAUAUUUGUUUGGGUGUGGUUGUAGAAAGGACCAAUAUUACUUCGCAUUUGCAUUGACAUGAAUGUCUCAUCUUUUAGGUCAGUGGUAUCGUACAGAACCCAGACAAAGCCUCUUGUCUCAUUUGAUUCUCUAAAUGCAGCUUCAGGAGGUUAGUUCAUUGUGCCUGGCUGUGGAGACGAGAAAGCAAGCAUACAGUAUUUCCUACCAUCAAAAACCUUAAAGGGCCUGUGUCACGGCUUGCUAGUCAUUUUAUUUGUAUUACCAGUUACAUUUUCUUACUUGCUGUGGAAUUUUGAGAUCACUUGUUAAUAACAAAAUCACAACUUCAUGUCUAACAAAUAAUGCUCAAAAAUUAUAUCAGACAUUACAAGCAACAAAGGUGAACUUUGAAAAAACUGUUAGGGUAACAAGUUUUCAAAAUCCUCAGUGCAAUCCGUUACAGAUUUUUUCAAUUUUUUUUUUCCUUCAAGUUCAUUCGUCCAAGUUCCCUUUGUGUUGUCUGUGUUGCUUAUAUUUUCUUUUAAUGUUUAGAGCUGUUGGUGGCAAUAGUCCAGUUUGGAAUUAAAAAUUACCGCUGAAUACAAACAUUAAAUUUUGGAAAAAGUCUGGGAUAAGUCUUGAAUGCUGGAUCCAAAAAUCUGUAUCAACCCUGAAGUUAUGAAUGUGUGUUUUUUUCAGAGGUGCUCAGUUCAUAUGAUGACCUGGAUUCUGAUGUAAUUAAGAACUACUCAGAGUUUUCUUUGGCCAGUCUUCUGUAUUAUGGCAUGAAGGAAGGGGCUUGCAGUGAACAGAGUUCCCGUAUGACAGCUAUGGACAGUGCUAGUAAAAAUGCUGGUAAGUAAAUGCAACUUCUCAGGCAGCAGAAUUUUUGUGGGGGGGGGCACAGUGAUGUAGUGCUUUACACUUGACUAAACAAAGGCGUUAGUCCUGCAUGCUGGGCUGUCAUUUCCUUUCAGUCAUUUUAUUUCAUUUACUGUAAAUCCUCUUUUAAGCCCCCUCUCUAUAAAGGCCCACCUUUUCAGAAAAAAGGAAGUUAAUAAGCCAUCCUCUCGUUUAAGCCCCCUCUCCUCUCCCUUAUCAUUUUUCACUAAUAAAGAAAAUUAUAGACUGUAUAAACAACUGUAAAACUUCAUUUGGACUGAUCUAGGAUGGUUUAUUGAUGUGUUGGAAGUUUGGAUUUGUUUUUUAUCCUCAGUUGCAUGGCCUCCAACUUCUUGAGCUUCUUUGUACCUCCUCCUUGUGUUUAGCUGGCAACGUGACGUCUUAGUGACAGCCUUGUGCUGUGCAGGCUUGCCAAGAUUGAAUGCUUCACCCAUUGACUCAUUAGCAUUAGUUCUGGCAUCCAGGGCUGUCAUUAAGUGUGGGGGGCCAGGGGCCGGGGGACCCCCCCCGGCUACUAUGAACUUGCCCCCCCACCCCCAACCCAAAUUUCAGAGGAAAAUAGAAGGAAAAAAGAACCAAAAAAAAUCCCUAGCUGUUUGAUUCCUCACCUACUUGUUGUAUUUACCUGGCAACUUGAAAUCUUAGUGACAGCCCUGUCAGGCACUAGUGAAGCUCAUCUUUUGUAGUGGGCCUCAUUAUGAUUCGCUCAUGUUUAUCAACUGUGGCUAUGUUUACAGGUGAAAUGAUUGACAAGUUGACCCUCACAUAUAACCGAACUCGUCAAGCUGUCAUUACAAAGGAGUUGAUUGAGAUUAUUUCAGGAGCUGCUGCUCUGGACUAG